AUGGCCAUGUCGUCGGGGGAUCCGCGGUCUUCUUCUACCCAAUCGCUCGUUCCAGACCCCAGCUCGAACAAUGCAGGGCGUCGUCGUUUACUCCUCGUGUAUAUCCAUGGCUUCAUGGGCAACGAGACCAGUUUCAGAAGUUUUCCAGCCCAUGUACACAAUCUUGUGACAAUCACUCUGGCAGAAACACAUGUUGUACAUACGAAGCUCUAUCCCAGGUACCGGUCGCGAAAUUCUCUUGAAAUCGCAAGAGAUCGGUUCUCUCAGUGGUUAGCUCCUCAUGAAGAUCAAUGGACUGAUGUGGUUCUACUGGGUCAUUCUAUGGGUGGGCUGCUUGCCGCCGACAUUACACUCGCUUUCCGCCAUCGAAUCAUAGGUGUAGUGAACUUCGAUGUCCCGUUCCUCGGCAUGCAUCCUGGCAUUGUCAAAGCCGGGCUCGGAAGCAUCUUCAGCAAACCGCCAGCUCCGGAAGAUGUUGUGAGCCCAGAAUCAGAAUCAGGGCCAAGACCUAGCAGGAUGGCCACAAUCUUCAACCCAAAGCCAGCAGAUCCCAACUAUAACCCAGCGUUUCCCAACGAUGUCAACUUACCAGCACGCAAAGGCUGGGAGAAUGCGUUGCAUUGGUUUAACAAGCACUCUGAUGAUUUGAGAGGAGCUUCCAAGGGGUUAGUCAGGUCUCAUUUUGAGUUUGGUGGCGCCAUGGCGGACUAUCGAACGCUGAAAGAUCGAUAUGCAAGGGUGCGAGCCUUGGAAGAAGACGAUGAGAGUACGAGGAGCUCAGCCAAUCCAGGAGUUCGUUCGCCGCCACGGAUACGCUUCGUUAAUUACUACACUGCAAGCACAGGGAGACCCAAAAAGCCGAAAACGCUCAAGUCUCCAUCGUCCGAGAGCCCACCUGCCCAAUCAUUGGGACACAUCGACAGUGACAUGAGUGCUCAGACAACGGAGCAUCGCGACAGUAAUGCGAGCGCCCACACAACAGAUCGUCGCGACAGUAACGCGAGCGUUGACACAGUGGAGUCGCAACCGGAAAUGACGCACAUAGCACCCGAGCCCAUGCCAGAAAGUCCACGUUCAUCAGUUCAAGUUGACGAACAUAAGAAGGGCGAGGUCGUUUUCAUAGGCCCUCAAAGACCUCCAUCUGCAGCAAAUCCGGCUGGAAACCAAAAUCUAGCAUCUGGCCAGGAUGGUCCCCCAGACCUUCCAGAAGUUCCACCAAUACCCCAGGAGCCGCCAUUUGUAGACUUGAUGCAAUACACCGACAAAUCCCAGCGUAGAGCUGCCGAAAAGGAGCAUGACCAGGCGCUGAAAGUGUAUCAGAAAGCAGUCAAAGCCCGCAACAGAGUCAUCAACGAACGAACAAAAAUGGAAGAGAAGUGGGAGAAGCAGCAAGAACAACAGGCGAAAGAAAAAGAAAAAGAAAGGAAAAAGUCGCUCAAACAAGAACCAAAACUAGAUCAGACGCCGAAAGCGGACGCUCUUGAAGAAGACCUCGGUGCUUUGCAAAUCGCUGGCCAAACCCCUCAGGAGCCCAUCUCGCACACACCGUACAACACAUACGACUUCUCCCGCAGUACCAUCAUGGAUCAAGCUCCCCCUGACGACCGCUCUUCCAUCGCCGACUCGGCGUACACGAACGACUCACAUGCUUCUUCGGCAAGUCACCAAAACCUGCCGGACGCAGAUGGCAAGCCUGAGAAGCAGAAGAAAUUGAAAAAGUUCUGCAUGUUGCCUCCCAAAGACUCCGCUGGGAACAAGGACCCGACGUGGAUCCGGGUGUUCAUGUCCGGCAUGGACGAAGUCACAGCACACACGUCGCUAUUCUUCCUGAACGAAACAUACGAGCGCUUAGUCGGGGAAGUGGGAGCGAAGAUAGAAGACUGGGUCAGCGAGGCAGAUAGCCUAAGGUUGGUGCGGGAGAUGGAAGGCUUUUCCUAA